GUAUAAAACUACACUUUUUGCAUGAGGGCACUUGUCAGUUGCAUCUUUUGACAACUCACCCUUUCAGCAAUGAAGUGGGCCACUUUAAUUUCAUUUGUAAUUCUGAUCUCAGCUCACUUUGGGAAGUCAGACACCAACCCAAUAUGUGAACACUUCACAGAAGUAAAAGAAGAAGGAUUUAAAGCUUUCGUUCUAGUCGCUCUUUCCCAGAACCUGUAUGAGAGUGGCUAUGAAGAGCUUGUUUUACUGACGAGGGAGAUUGCAACUGCUGGAGGUGCCUGCUGUGGAGAGAACCCAUCUGCAGACUGCUCGAAAAAUGAAGCAGAACUUUUCCAAAGUGCAAUUUGUGCAUCCAAUGAGAUAGUCAAUAAAAACAAACUUCAAGACUGUUGUGCCAAAACUGGAGAUGAAAGACAUCAGUGCUUCCUUGAACAUAAAAAGAACAAUCCAAGGCACAAGGAAGUGAAAAAGAUGUAUUCAGGAAAGGAAAAAUGUGAAGCCUUCAAAGACAACAAACUGUCAUAUACGGGAGCAUUUAUUUAUAGAUACUCCAGAAUGCAUGUUAUGAUGCAGCCACGUAUAAUCAUUGACUUUGCUAGGAAAAUUGGUGAAUUGGCAGAAGAUUGUUGUGCACAGGCGGACAAUUUAGACACUUGCUUUUAUGAGAAGGGCAGAGAGGUUCGAAAUUACAUGGCUAGCGUUACUGCUCAGUCACAUUCCUUAUGUGCAAUCAGCAAAAAAUAUGGAGAACGAGUUAUUAAAGCAAAGAAAGUAGCUCAGUACAGCCAAAAGCUACCACAAGCCACACCAGAAGAAAUUGGAGACAUUACCCAAAAAAUAACAUCCUCUGUUUUCACAUGCUGUUCUGGUGAUUCAGUGAAAUGCAUGAAAGAAAGGAAACAAAUAAUUGAGGACGUUUGUGCACGAGAUGAUAUUGUGUCAAGAACCAAACACCUGGCAGAGUGUUGUAAGCGUUCAAUAGUGGAAAAAGGAUUCUGCAUUGAACAUAUGGAACCUGAUGAGAAACCAGCAGACCUCUCAGAAAAAGUAGAAAGCUACAUUAAAGAUGCAGAUGUCUGUGAAAAAUUUGCUGUAGGGAAGGAUUUGUUCAUUGGAGGAUUCCUUUAUGAAUACGCAAGAAGACACCCAGAAUUGUCUAAUCAGAUGCUGCUAAGGAUAGCCAAGGGUUAUGAAGAUGAAUUGACAAAAUGCUGUGCAACUGACAAUCCUCCAGAAUGUUACGGCAAAGCAGAUGAAAAACUUCAUGCCGCUGUGCAAGAAAAUCUAAGUCACUUCCAGAAAAUUUGUACCAUUGUCAAAACACAAGGAAAAGCAGCAUAUGAGAAGCUCAUGGUUAUCCGUUACACAAGCAUUAUGCCCACAGCAAGCUUUGAAGGAAUAAGGGCAAUAACAUACAGAAUGGGUGGAAUUAUGCAAGAGUGCUGUGCAAAGGACCAAAGUAAACUAAUGCCAUGUGCCGAGGAGAAAAUGAGCGAUUUGCUUGAUGAGACCUGUGCUGAAAAUGACCCUGCUACAAUAAACAAGAACGUUGAAGCCUGCUGCAAUGAUUUCUAUUCACACAGACGGCUCUGCAUGCUUGACAUGAAACCAGACACAGAAUCGGCACCUCCAGAAUUCUCAGCUGACUCUUUCCCUAUUACUGAGGAUCUUUGUACAAUGUCAGAUGCAGACUCCCUGACAGCAUCCGUAAAACUUUUAUAUGAAGUUGUAAGGCUAAAGCCAACAAUAACAAUGGAACAAAUCAAGACUCUGACUGAUGGCUUCAACGGCUUGAAGGCUAAAUGCUGUGCAGACGAGAACAAACAACUAUGCUUUGAAACCGAGAGAGCAACAUUCAUCAAUGCAAGCAAAGCCCUUCUCACUGCAUAAGGACAGAGCUCCCAGGCUGAAGACCACACUGAGUGGCUUCUUGGCAUCUAGGAACUAGAAAAGAUUUCAGCAUUAUGUCAGGAAUACAAUUCAAGUGCAUUUUUACCAAAUUGUCAGAAAUACAGAUAGUACCAGAUCAUGUAUUGUGUUUACAGAAUUGCUCAUAUAUGCUGAAAGAAAUACAAACAAUAAAAAAACAACAAUAAAA